GAAAUAUGCUUAGCCAUCUUUGGUCUAAGCAUCGAAUUGAUAAAGACCAUCCUGAGGGAACUAACACUAAUGACUCAAUUAUCAAGGCUAUGCAUAUUAUUACAAAGCAGAGACAAGAAAAAAUAGCGCAAUUAUUAGUUGAAUUUAUAAUCGAGGAUUGUCAACCUUUUCAUAUUUUACAAAGUAAAGCUUUUUGUCGACUUUUAAACUAUAUGGAGCCCGGAUUUCAAAUUCCUUGUGAAAAAACUGUGAAAAAAAUGAUUGAUAAGGCUUAUGAUUGGAGUUGCGAUCAAUUAUUUGGUAUAAUAAAUAUGGAUGGCGGAUAUGUUAAUCUGAUGACAGAUUUAUGGAGCUCAAGAACCAAUCAAGCAUAUAUUGGGGUCACAGUAACAUGGAUCAAUUCAAAUUUUGAAUUAAAGAAAGCUUUAUUAACAAUACAACUACUUCUAUCACUACAUACAGCUAAAGCUAUUGAAGAUUCCCUAAAUCAAGUUAUUACUAAUUGGAGACUCACUGGGCGAGUUUUUUGCAUUACGACUGACAAUGGGGCUAAUGUUAAAAAGGCAAUUAGUUUAAUGGAUAAUAUUACACGAUCAUCUUGUUCAGCCCAUACACUUCAACUGAGUGUGCUAAAAGGUCUUAAACCCGCAGUACGACUUAUUAAGCGAGCAAAAAAUUUAAUUCUUUUUUUUUCUCAAAGCCCUAAGCAAUCUGAACGACUUAUAGAUGCACAAGAAAAAUGUAGAUAUCCAAAGAUUUACCAAACAAUCGAUGAUGUGCCAACAAGAUGGAACUCCUCAUACUUGGCUUGGGUCCGGCUUAAAGAACUACAAAAAGCAAUUGAUUAUCUUGUUUUAAUGUUGCCUUCAGAAUCAGAACGCUGUGACAGACUUGACGGCGAAUAUUUAAAAUUAAUAAAUCUAACUGAAACUGAAUGGCGAUUGUUAGAUAAUCUUAUUUCAUUAUUAAAGCCAUUCUAUGAGGCCACUAAUAUAUUUUCUGGUUCAAACUAUCCUACUCUUAACCUUAUUUAUCCAACAAUGAGAUUGCUUAUUAAGAAGUUUGCACCUUCUUAUGAACAAAGCAAAGAUGACUAUGCCGAUUUAUUAUUUGAACCUAUUAAUAGGCAUGAAGAUGAUCCUGAAUCUGAUAUAGAAAAUGAAUUUGAUACACUAGUGAUCAAAAAAAGUACAUAUAAUGAUUCACGAUUUAAAGGUCAUCGGUUAAUUGAAACACCUGUUACUAAUGAAGGUUUAUGUGAUCUGGUUAAGGCUGCAUGUUUCCUUUCUCUUAAAGAAUAUUGGGAGGAAGAUAAUCAUCAACCUUCGGUUGGGCUUGAUGAGCUAUUUAACACUUCAGAUCGUGAACCUGCAACAACUAAUAGCUUAAUUGCAGCUUUAUAUAGUAAUGAAGAAUUGAAUGAUGAAAUUUAUAAUGAGACCGAAGGUGAUUGUUAUCUUCGUGAACCUAUUGAGAAAAGGGGCUGUGAUCCAUUAACAUGGUGGAAAGAUAGAUCUGAAAAAUAUCCU